AUAAGCUAGAAUGCACUUAGAGAAAUAUCUAUGUAGACUUAUUAACAUUUAUUACAAUUGGAUCCUACUUUUCAUUUUGGAGAAUCAUAAAGACAAACAAUGUUUGAUAUAAUAAAGGCUUAAAAAGGAAUAGAGUCAAAUUUAAAAAGCGUGACUUAGUUUUUCAUUCCAUUUAUUUCUGAUAUUGGAUUAUCUGCUUUUUUCUUAUUAUAUCAUUGCGGACCUUUUUUCUUUAUUUCUUUUUUGGCUACAUAUAGUGGUUAUAUAUGGUAUACUUUUGAUUUAUCAAAUUAUAGAAUUUAAGCAAUGAAAUUAUAAAAAUAAUAUGAUAGAUAAGCUGAUUUUACAUUAAGCGAGACACUUUCAAAUUAUUAUAAUGUGAAAUAUUAUAAUGCCGAAUAGUUUGAAAUAUAAAGAUAUGCAGAUAUUUAAAAAAAAUAUUAAGAAUAAGCAAUAUUAAAUUAAUAAACUUUAUCAAAAUUAAAUAGUGGAUAAAGAAUCAUUUUCUCAGCUGGACUAACAGCAAAUAUGAUUUAUGGUGCAUUUAAAGUUUAACAAGGAUUAAUGAGAGCAGGUGAUAUUGUUUUAGUAUAGUCAGUUAUGAUGCAAGUCUAUUAACCAUUAUUUAUAUUAGGUGUAUAAUGGAGAGAAUGGACUAAUUCUUCUUUAGAUAUUUAAAGACUUUUUAAAAUAAUGGAUAUGAAACCAAAAAUUUAAGAUAAAGAAAAUGCAAUAAAUUAUUAAUAUAAAGGGGGUGAAAUAGUAUUAAAAAAUGCUAGUUUCAGUUAUAAUGAUAAAAAGGAAAUCUUAAAAAAUUUAAGCAUUGUAUUUGAUUAAAAAAAACUAAUUUCUAUUGUAGGAAAAUCGGGAAUAGGAAAAACUACAAUGUUUAAUUUAAUAGUAAGACUUUAUGAUCCAAUAUAAGGAGAUGUAUUUAUAGAUGGAUAAAAUUUAAAAGAUUUAAAAUAAUCUAGUUAUAGAAAAUAUGUAUGUGUAAUUUCUUAACAUCCAUAUUUAUUUUAUGAUACUAUUCUAUCAAAUAUAUUAUAUGGAAGUAAUAAUAAAAGCUAGGAAUAAGUUAUUGAAAUAUGUAAAAGUUUAAACUUACAUGAUUUAAUAAUGGGUUUACCAUAGGGUUAUAAUACAUAUGUAGGAGAAUAAGGUUACAAAUUUUCAGGUGGAGAAAGAUAAAGAAUAUCUAUUGCAAGGGCUUUAGUAAACGAUUCGAGUAUCUUAUUAAUGGAUGAGCCUACUAGUAGUUUAGAUAGUAAGAAUGAGGAAGAUUUUAUGAAAAUUAUAUAGAAAAUUAAAAAAGAUAAAACUAUUAUAAUGAUUACUCAUAGAUUACAUUUAAAUGAUUAUUUUGAUGAGGUUCUUUAUAUUGAUGCGGAAGGUUUUUAUGAAAAAGGAAGUAAUUAUGAGUUAAUUAAUAAAUAAGAUGGAAUGUAUAAGAUGUUUUGGGAAAAUAUAUGA